AGUAGUCGUUUAAACGCCGUGUCGCGCGGUACGCUGACGUUUGGCCGAAGUCUGCGCGUCAGACUAUGUGCGAACUUCUGUAAAUAAUUAUAGUACCAUGUAAAUGAGUUCGAGUGUGUGUGAGCAUAUGGGAAAUCAUGUGUCUCGAGAUCAACGAGGUCUUGUUCAAAGUAUUGAAUGAGACCAGACCGAUUUUGAUGAAUGACAAAUUACGUACGACGUGAACACCUCCGUAAUACAAUUGUAUCUUCGUAAAAAAAUCCAGACGAUUAAGCAGCCAUGGACCGUCUGCGCUCAACCUUCAAACGGUCACGGACGCCUACGGGCGCGGAGAUGAAAAUGCAAAACAGCUUGGAAGUUCCCAAACAGGUGCGGUCAGUUUCGUUCGAUGAAAUCAAAUUGGGCUGUUCGAAACGGGAUGAGGAUACUCGCAAGUCUGUUACCAGUGAUAGUUCACUAGAAGGACCAUCUUCCUCGUUGCGAGUACCAGGAAGUGGUCAGCGAUCAAGAAGUUUUGAUUCGUCCAAUGCUGUCGAUAAAGAAGAUACUACAGUAUUCCUGGAAGUGCCGUCCACCAAACAUCAAUUAUUCCAUCGGCGGCGGUCGUCCGGAGAAAAAGUAUCGGCCGCCGCCGCUUGUGUUCACUGUGCUUAUAUGGAAGAAUUUUUAAAAAUGAAUCGAUCUUCUUCGGGUGAUGACAACCUAAGCCAGCGCUCGUUUACGUCGACAUCGGCUAGCGAAGAUUUAGACGAUGAAGAUGAUCAUGGUUGUCACAUUACUGUAACUGUGGCUGCUGAUCAACCAAACCUGAUUGUAGUAACAGCUAAAAAUCCCGCUUUAACAUUAGAGUUGACGCCUCCCGAACAAGAGUAUCAUGGCAAUCGUAGACGUUCAAUAACGUCCCCAAAAUUGGAGAGACAAGAAGCUUUUGUCGUGAACGACAUAAUGGAUCCAGCAGCUGUCCGUGAUCUUUUCCUAACUGUACCGGAUUUAAAAAGAGAUAGAGCGGCCAGUAUGGACUCUUGUUUCAUUAAUAAAACUACCCCUAGUGGUAAGCCCGAAGAAGUCGUUCCGGUUUCUCCCACACAACUCUUAGAUCCUAACAGUGGCCAAGCAGGAAACAGUAACCUUAGAUCUAGAUCCGUUGAUAUCGUAUUGCCCACUGAACAACAAGCCAGGUACAAAGCCCUUUCCACAAAUACUCAAACUUCACCUCCGUCAACGGUGCCCGCUCACAAAGUGCCACCUGACAAAGGAACUGCUGGAGUGGAUGGCAAUGAAAAAUUAUUGAAAAUCGUUCCAGAUUGGACAGAAGAUGCAAUCAAUGAUGACCAUUUGUGGUCCGUGACAGCACACAACGUCGAUUUUUGUUACAUAGGCGAAUCUGAAUGCACGAAACACGGUGUUCGUCUAAAAUGCGCUGCUUGUCGAAUAAUUGUACACACAGAGUGUUUAAACAACCUGCCAGAAACAGCCAAAUGCAAAUCGAGCUUUAAAGAUGACGGCGUGCGACAAUACAGGGAACACAAGACGGUUAAACACCACUGGAUGCACCGGAGAACGCAAAAAGACAAAUGUUCUCAAUGCGGAAAGGCGUUUCAAUCAGUGUUAUCGUUCAGCUCUAAGGAUAUCAUAGCUCUUACAUGUUCGUGGUGCAAAGUUAGUGUCCAUAAUAAGACGGCGUGUUUCAAUGACACAAAAAUGAACGAACCUUGUUCUUUAGGCAAACAUAGCAACAUAAUUGUUCCACCUUCGUGGAUUGUUAAGUUACCCAGAAAAGGAAAUUUUAAAUCCAGUAUAAGAUCACCUAAAAAGCGAUCUUCAAAGAAGAAAACAAAAGAUAAGCCAGACAAAGAAGAUAAACUAUUUGUGAUCAAACCGAUCCCAACUUUAAACGUUAAACCUGUGAUAAUAUUUAUAAAUCCAAAGUCUGGCGGCAACCAGGGUGUAAAACUUUUACAAAAAUUUCAAUGGCAUCUCAACCCAAGGCAAGUUUUUGACCUCAGCCGAGGUGGUCCUAAAAUGGGUCUAGAACUUUAUAAAAAAGUACCUAAUCUCAGAGUGUUAGCCUGUGGUGGUGAUGGAACUGUCGGAUGGGUUCUCUCUAUAUUAGAUCAAAUCGCAAAUGCAGUUUCAUUUCCAGUUGGCGUGUUGCCGCUUGGGACCGGUAACGAUCUAGCAAGAGCGCUUGGAUGGGGUGGUGGUUAUAUGGACGAACCAGUGUCAAAAAUUCUAACCAACUUAGAAGAAAGUGAUACAGUUCGGUUGGAUCGCUGGAAUUUAAAAGUAGAACCUAAUGAAAAUGCAAAAGGCACCGAACAUGCCGGAAAAGAUAAUUUACCACUUAAUGUUGUGAAUAACUAUUUUUCAUUAGGUGUUGAUGCUCAAAUUUCACUGGAAUUUCACGAAGCAAGAGAAGCCAAUCCGGAAAAGUUUAAUUCUCGGAUGUACAACAAAUUAUUCUACGGCGUCAGGGGUGGAAUAGAGCUGUUGGAUCGCAAAUGGAAAGGUUUAUCUGAUCACGUAACGUUAGAAUGUGAUGGCAAAGACUUGACCCAGCGCAUAAAAGAGCUUAAAGUACACGCAAUACUAUUCUUAAACAUUCCUAGUUACAGCGGAGGCACGCGGCCUUGGAAUAAGUCAGCUGGUAAUAAUUCUACAGACGAUGGGCUUAUUGAAGUUAUUGGAUUAACAAUUAUGCAAAUUACAAGAUUGCAAACCGGAGGAACAGGAACGCCACUAUGCCAGUGCAAGACUGCUAGAAUUACCAAUAGCAUAUCUGUUCCCAUGCAAGUUGAUGGUGAAGCCUGUCGGUUAAAACCAUCAGUGAUAACACUUGGAUUUUUUAAUCAAGCAACAUUGAUGGCAAAACGGCGAAAAGGCAGACAAACACCUACUCGAGAAGCUACGAUAGAGAAACAUAAAGUAGCUGUCCAAAGACUGAAACUUCAAGAUUAUGAACAGCACCACUGUGACAAAGAAAUGUUGAUCCAAUCAUCUAUAAAUAUGGGAGAGAUUGAAGUUGAACCCAUAGCUGAUUUAGAAACAGUACGACAUCUGGUUGAUAAGUUAGAAGUCAACAGCGGAUCGUGUAAAGAUCAUUCUGGAAAUAUUUUACCCAGGUUAUCAUCAGACUGGUGUUUUGUAGACUGUUGUACUGCUGAACGAUUCUUCCGAAUCGAUCGGGCUCAAGAAAGUCUGCACUACCUAAUAGAUAUCACCCAUGAUCAACUAUUCGUUUUAGAUGACCCACAUAAAUCUUCAGGCACUGAAGAUGAUGUGACCAUAGUAAUGAAAUCAAAGGAUUCUACUAACGACUUGGAAUCCGAAGAUUCGACGACGAGCAUACGGGUAAAGACAGAAGUAAAACGAUUGGAAAGCAUCAAAAGACAGACUUCCGUUACGUUUCAAUGUAAUGAUGAACAAACAAGAGAUACUGCACCUACCAUAAAAUCUUAUGACACGUACAGCCUCUUGUUCGAUGUCCAAAUAAAUGGGAACCGUCGUUGUAAUCGAAUGAGAACAUCAGAAAAAAUCGUUGAUGCUGCCAAAUCGGGAAACUUAAGCAUGUUGAAAAAUUUAUUCGAAAUGGGUUAUUCGUUGAUGUCCAUCGAUAAGUAUGGUCAAACAGCGUUGCACGUAGCCAGUCAACGGGGCGAUUCCAAUGUAGUACGUUACAUACUAGCCAACGCACCAUCUACUAUAGUCUCAAUUAAAGACAAUCAAGAAGGCCAAACUGCACUACACGUGGCGGUGAAAAACGGCGAGAGGAAAAUCUGCUACCUCCUCGUGUCGGCCGGAGCUCCGCUUUUGGCAGUUGAUAAAAACGACAGGACAGCACAACAAAUAGCCGAGGAAACUAAAGAUUACGAUCUCGCCAAAUACCUGGAAUACAGCAGACAACAUGUUGAGUAUACAUAAGAACUAAUGAAAGGCUCAUAAGACGCGUGCUACGUUCCUAUACAAAUAGUCAAGCUCAAUUUGUGUCGUUUGCUGACCAAACAGAAACUUCAGUUUGAUUCAAUUAACUAAAAAAUCGUGCAGACUACCUAUUAAUGAUAAAUUCAAUUUUGCUAGACAUUCGAAAAAUUUAUGUUUAAACUAUUACUAUAGUUGUAAUGAUUAGCGACGUCUUGAGAGUUAAUAAGUAAUGACUAGGCGUCGCUUUGUACUUUUGGGGAUCAAAACUUAUGUUAUUAUUUUUUUUAUAUACAUUCUUACUAAUUACUACUAGUUGGUUGUACUGAAAUGGGGAUCCACGUAUUUAAGUAAUUGUCUUCUAACAAUGUUUAUAAAUUAGGUUUGUUCAAACACAAGUAAUUUAUUAAUUGUACAGAGUUCUAGUCUUGAAUCCGUGUUGCUUUAAAUUUUUUUUUAUUGAAUCGAUAAAUUAUAUUAACAGUCAAAAUAAUAACUACGGGAGCAAUAAUUAAUUUAAUGCUUAUGUUAUUAUUUUAAUUACUUUUUUUUAAAUUUUUUUCAUUUAAAAAAUGUAUUUUUAGUUAUCAAAACCCUUUACCCUUAUCCAUCCCUAAUAAUGACUCCGGGCAAAGUUUUUAAAACAAAAAACACUCUUGGCGUACUUAAAUUAUUGUAUAAAAUUGCUAUUAGUCCAAUGUAGCCUUUUCUUUUGGGUAUUUUAGAUAUUGAGUUGCACACUCUCUUGUCUCGUUUGACAAGAUUUAUCCUAGUUUUUCGUCGAUACUUUCACGUUCUUUCAUAGUUCCAUCGCAAGUCACCCAUAUCAUUUUAAAAGUACCUGCCCAUCUCUACAGAUCCCGCAGUAUCAAAUAACCGACCGAAGAAACAAUGUUGUUGCUUGUGCAAAUAUACAUAUAACAUAAUAUUACAGUUAGUCAUGUUAAGGUAUUACUCACAGUGACCUCGCAUAGAACACAAAAGCCCUUACCAUAUAUGUUUAUAGAAUUACACGUUGCCCUUUCGAAAUGAUCACGUGUAAAACUGGAUGAAAAUUCACACUACCCAACUUAUUUCAUAAAUCACAUAAGACUGCGACCAUAAUAGUUAUAAUAAUAAUAAUAAUUAUUAUUAUGAUUAUAAAAACAUAAAAUAUCGAAUAUUUUAUGAUUCGUAGGAUAAACAGUCACUAUAUUACAAAAAUGUUUUUAAUUAAUAAAUCUUCGUCAGAUGGAAUGGUUAUUCAAAAUCUAGAUGUGAUAGUUUGAAAAGUGUAGUUUAAUUUAAACAUAAGGGCGCACAAUAUGUCUCAUUAAUGAUAUAUCGUAUUUCUACAGUGUGAAGUGCAUUCGGCGUUUUGUUUAUGUAUAAGCCUUGCUGAGAUCUUGAAAUAUUUAACGCGAUUUGCACCCUCGAAACACCGAUGAAUAUUUUACACUUUGUACUAUUGUUUUCUAGUUUUAUCAUUCAUAAAAUAAAUAUACACACUUUUUAUUGAUCCAUCCGAUAAAUUUUUAAUUAAAAACUUGAGAGCACUUGGCCGGUGUAAACUCUCUCGAUUAUAAAACAUAGUAGUUUUUUAGCGUACGUAUUGAAAUGAAAUCUGUAAUAUUCAAACCCAAAUCAAAUGUAAAUUAAUAUAUCGGUUGAGUGCUUUCGCGAUCUGAUUCUCAAAUAAAAAUCCAUAGUUUCAUCUGUACUUACAACUCCCUUUACUCUUUUGUUCAAUAAUUUUACAGAUUUAUCAGUCAUUGUUAAUGAAUAAUUGACCUCUUUAACUUACAUUACCAACGGGAUUAGGGUGAGAUAUUUAAAUAUAGUUCAAUUUUGGAAUUUUAAUCUGGUUGUAAAUCGGGGACAUUAAUCUCUUAAGCUAAACGUUUUGUGGUAGGGUACAUAUUUGUGCUACAGGUACCUAAGAAACCCGACGCGUACAGUCAUAAUUAACUUAAUUAUUGUAAUAUUAUUAUUAUUAAUGCGUUUUUAGUAUUAAUUUAUCAGGCUCCGAUACUUUAUGUAAAUUUACAGCCAUGUUUUGAUAUAAAAAUCAAGCUUUUAAACUAUGUCUAACGAGUUUUUAAAAAGUUUUAACUACAUUGUGUAUUUGACUCCCAUUUAUUUAUUAUUUUUUAAAAUACAAAUUCAGUUGUAAAUUAUUUGUGAACCAAUACAUAGACUUAAAAGCAAUAUAAUCUUAAUCUUAAUCAACACAUCAAAUACUAUAAAUUAAAUACUUGAAUAAUUUAUUUGAUUAAUUUCACUGGAUGUUG